GCCAUCUUGUGGAAAACGAAGAGGGGAGAGAGAGAGAGAAAUAGAGAGAGAGACCAGAGAGAGAGAGAGAGAGAGAGAGCGCCACACAACUCGAAUACAAACCCUGUGCUGUCAGAACAAGCAGAGAACUUCAAGGAAGAAUGGCCGAAACCCAGACACUUAACUUUGGACCAGAAUGGCUGCGUGCCCUGUCUGGUGGUGGUGGCGGUGGUGUUGGUGGUGUUGGUGUCGGCGGUGGCGGAGGAGGUGGUGGAAGCAGCAACACGAUUGCCUCUCCACCCCUCUCACCUGCAUUGCCAAAGUAUAAACUUGCAGACUAUCGCUACGGGAGAGAAGAAAUGUUAGCACUUUAUGUAAAGGAUAACAAGAUCCCUAUAGACCUACAGGAUAAGGAGUUCCUGCCUAUAUUGCAAGAGGAGCCCUUGCCGCCUCUGGCACUCGUGUCUUUUACAGAGGAUGAACAGAGAAAUUUUUCCAUGUCUGUAAACAGUGCAGCAGUACUUCGGCUGACAGGCCGAGGAGCCGGUCCAAUAGUGGGGGCACCAAGAGGCCGAAGUACCUCAAGGGGUAGAGGCCGGGGGAGAGGAGAUGGAGGCUUUUACCAAAGAAGUUUUGAUGAGGUGGAAGGCUUUGGUCGUGGAGCGAGGGAAAUGCAUCGCUCCCAGAGCUGGGAAGAAAGGGGAGAUAGAAGGUUUGAAAAGCCAGGGCGAAAAGAACCAGGUCUGACAGAUGUUGCCCCUGGACAUUUUCCAUUGAAUCACAGUGAGUUUGUCCGGGUAAACUAUGAGGACAGCGUGCCAGGGUUACCGAGGAAGCACGACUUCACGCGCUCAGAGAGUGAGAACUGGCGAUCUUCUCGCGAUGAUCAGAAUGGUGAGGAUGAUUGGGUGCGACUCGAGGGUUGUCGAUGGGACAGUGACCGGUGGUGCCCCCCGAGCCCAGAUGCGCCUCGGUCAGCAGGGUGGCGGGAACUCCCAGACCAGCGUCGCCGCUUUCCGUUUGAUGCGAGAGAAGACGAGCGAGGAUACAGGAGGCCACGGUCAGGCAGUGGCAGCCUAGAAGAUGAGAGGGACAGCCUGCCAGAGUGGUGUCUGGAGGACGCAGAUGAGGAGGCGGGCACCUUUGACUCAUCAGGGGCCUUUCUCUCUCUUAAGAAAGCGUCCAAGGAGCCAAUCCUGGAAGAGGCAGAACUCGACUUUAAGCCCUUGGAUGAGUGUGAAGAGGGCCUGGAGGAGGAUGGCAGACAGCCCAAGGAGACCAAAGAAACAGAGGCUAAGAGAGAGGUCGACCGCAAAGAGUUGGCCCGUGUGUCAGAGGAGGCUCCACCUGUUCUUCCACCUGUUGCACCCACAGUCUCAGAGCCUCAAGCCACUGGCAAGUCUUUGUCCCCAAACCAGUCCAGCCGAACAGAAGAGACUGAGAGGCCAGCUGAACGGCAGCCAUCCCUGGAGCUCCCACCAGAGACCUGCAAAAUGCCCCUGCACCUCCCGAUGUCUAACAGCAGGCUGGAGGUCCUGCCCAUGACUCGUAUUUCUACCACCCUUGCAGAAGUAUCUGCUCCAUCGCCCAGUGUCCAGCUACUGCAGCAAAAGCCCAUGGCGGUUCCUGUGGCGAUGAACAAUCUUUUGCCUUUCCCUUCCAGUAUGUUGGCACCCAUUGGCCGGCCCACCACUGCGUCACACGACACAGAUGAAGAUGAGGGACUAAAACACUUUGAGCAGGAGGCAGAAAAGAUGGUAGCGUAUCUACAGGACGGUGUGGUGGAUGAUGACAGACUAACAGCAAAGACGUCAGAGAAGCCAAAGUCUGCAGGCAUGCCGCUUACCCAUGAAGCUGCUCUCAAGUGGUUCUAUAAAGACCCCCAGGGGGAGAUACAGGGUCCAUUCAGUAACCCAGAGAUGACCGAGUGGUUCCAGGCUGGUUACUUCACAGUGUCUCUGUUAGUCAAAAGAGGGUGUGACGACGUAUUUCAACCACUGGGAGACAUCAUGAAGAUUUGGGGGAGGGUACCAUUCACUCCAGGCCCUGCACCUCCACCUCUACAGGGUGAUGGUGAUCAAGAGAGGUUGAAGCGGCAGCAGGAGCUCACUGCUCUCAACCUCUACCAGUUACAGCAGCUCCAAUAUCAAUACCUCCUCAGGCAGCAGUAUGCUCAGGCCCUGGCCCAGCAGAAGGCUGCUACUCUCAACUCAGCUCCUCUUCAACAACAGCAGCAACACCAACAGCAGAUCAACCUGCUACUACAGCAAUACCAGGCACUCAAGACAAGAGCAUCUGAGAGCCUCUUACCUCCGGUCACCCGCUCCCUGUCUGUACCAGACUCGGGUUCUGUGUGGGAAAUGCAGAACCCGUCCUCUCAGGCUUCCUGCACGCCGAACCUCCAACAAGCUGCUCCAAGCAUGCGUUAUGUUCCAUCACUCUCAACAGCGUGGGAUGGCGGCAGUGUUUGGGAUUUACCCAUAGACUCCGUGGCACAGGCGCCAACCAUCGAGCAGAUGCAACAGUUGGAGAAGUCAAAGGCUGCGAAGUUGGAGCUUGAGAGGCGUGAGGCAGAAAUGAGGGCCAAAAGGGAGGAAGAGGAAAGGAAACGGCUGGAAGAGGCCCUGAGGGCUCGACAGGAGGAGGAACGCAAACGUUUGGAAGAAGAGGAGCUGGCACGGAAACAACAGGAGGAGGUUUUGAGGCGGCAGCGAGAGCAUGAAGAGGCACAGCGCAGGCAAAAAGAAGAAGAGGAGAGACUGGCACAGGAAGAAGCUCUCCGGCGAUUAGAGGAGAGGCGGAGGGAAGAGGAGGAGAGAAGGAAACGAGAAGAGUUCCUUCGCAAACAAGAGGAGGAGCGCAGAAAGCAGGAGGAACUCGACGUGUUGAGAAGGCGCGAGGAGGAGAAGCGCGCGGAGGAAGAGGCGGCAGCUGCAGCGGCGGCCGCUGCUCUGGCCCAGCAGCAGCAGCAGGAGGAGCAGAAGAGAAGAGAGCAGGAGGCCCAGAGGCAGCAGGAGCUGCACCGACAGCGGCAGCAGCAACAAGAGGCCCUCAGGAGGCUGAUGCAGCAGCAGCAGCAGCAGCAGCUCGCACAUAUGAAGCUUCCAUCCUCUUCGAAGUGGGGCCAGCAGUCGGGCAGCCCUCUAAACCAGACUCAGAACACCCUGUCACUGGCCGAGAUCCAGAAACUGGAAGAGGAGCGAGAACAACAGGUGCGCGAGGAGCAGCGACGUCAGCAACAGGAGCUCCUGAAGCUGCAGCAGCAGCAAGCGCUGCUACAGGCUCAGCAGCCUCAGGCCAAGCUGUCCGGUUGGGGUAAUGUGGCCAAACAGACAGUUGCUACCAAGUCCUUGCUGGAGAUUCAGAGGGAGGAAGCCCAGCAGAUGAAACAGCGGAAGGAGCAGCAGCAGGCGCAGCCGCAACAACAACAAAAACAACAACAACAACAACAACAACCGCAGCAGCAGCAGCAGCAACAACCACCAACACACCCCAUUGUCACCCAACAGACCCGCACUCAAAACAGAACCACGUCUCUGAGUAACUCGGUGUGGGGGUCUGUCAACACCAGCCCCUGCACUAACUGGGGCUCAGACAGCAUCUGGGGCGACACCCAAAACUCCAACAUGGGCUUCUGGGAUGAGGCAGUGAAGGAGGCGGUUCAGCAGCCUCCUCCAACCAGGAAGGGCAGCACGCAGAAGAACAACAAAGGCAACGCCAACCUCAGUAACUCUUUGAGUGGGCGAGUCAACAAGAAGGUAGAAGAGGAGGAAAAGCUACUAAAGUUGUUCCAAGGGGUCAACAAGAGCCAGCAGGACACCUUCAUGCAGUGGUGUGAGCAAACCCUGCACACCCUCAACACAGCCAACAAUCUUGAUGUUCCCACGUUUGCUUCCUUCCUGAAAGAAGUGGACUCUCCGUAUGAGGUGCAUGACUACGUCAGGGCCUAUCUGGGGGACACUCCCGAGGCCAAGGACUUUGCCAAGCAGUUCCUGGAGCGUCGUGCCAAACAGAACGCUAAUCAACAGAAACCGGCGCCGCAGAUCCAACAGCAAACCCACAAACCGCAGCAGGAUUCUGUGUGGGGCGGAACAGGAUCCUCAUCGCUCUACCAGUCCAACCACACGAGCGGCCAACAGCAGCAGCGCUUUGAGACCGUCACCUCAGGGAAGAAGAAGAAGAAGCAGAAGAUGGUCCGGGCAGACCCUAGCCUUCUAGGUUUUUCUGUGAAUGCGGCGUCCGAGAGAUUGAACAUGGGAGAGAUUGAGACUCUGGAGGAUUAAGGGACUGCAGCCAAGCAAACGCCACUGACUCUAUCCGAUUUCAACAGCAGCUGUUUUACCUAAACUCCUGCCACGGACCUCUGACUGCUGCCACGACUUUCACCUCUUGUUUUUUAGUUUCCCUUUUUUUUCACACAUACUCUGAUAAUCUAAGAACCUAUUGGGGGAGGGUGUGAAAUACCCUCCCCCAAUAGGUUCUUAAUUGUGAACGAGCAGGGCAUCGCUGAGGCACGGGUGUGUUGUCCUUUAAUCUGACGUAAGCCCCCAAGACAACGAGACUGGAGCAAACAGGCCGGUGGAACAUCCCAAUCACCAAAUGAACUCUUAAAUUUCAGGAGAGAGUCUGUCCGGCGUCAGCCGCUCCAGCUCGAAUCAUGUCUUGUAGAAAUUCACAAUGACAGCAAACUCAAAAUUUGGCCAAAAUCGUUUGGGAUUUUUUUUUUUUAAGUGGGACGAUAUGGAUGGGGUUGUGGAGGUGGUAUGGAAAGGUUAGAGAGAUUAUAUCCAUAGUUUUUGUUUUAUUUAUUGAAAGUUUUUCCUUUACACUUUAAACCCCCCCCCCCCCCCCCCUGUUUUCUGCUGGGUUCAUGGACAACGAUGGCAGAGUAGAGCCCAAGGAUUCGUACCCACUUAUGUCCUGUUUUAAGGACAUGUUCAAAAGUUCCAUGUAGUUAUCUAUUUCUUGUAAAAUACUAGGCUGUUUAAAGAAUAAACUUUCAACUCUGCAUCUGUAUUAUAAUAUAUGAAAA